GAUUCGCCUCCACUACAGCGUCAGAAUGGCCGACUUCAGGCGUGCGAUCCUUGCCGGAUCCGCAAGGUCUCUUGCGACCACACACUGCCUGUGUGCGGGCGGUGUAUGAGACAGAACCGACGGAAAGAAUGCAACUACACCACCAGUGGAUCGAGACCGAGGAGGCUCGCCAGACAUAUGUCAAGAUCCUCCUCGACGGCCAUCCAAGCUACUGAUACCGACCAAACCGUGCCAUGUACUUCAUCAUCUUAUACGCCUCUUCCUAGUCUGCCACGUGUUUCCAAUUCCUUGACUGCCUGUCAACAGCACAUCCGUACUGUUACUGAUCCCGGCUCGGGAUAUCUCGGCUCACUCAGCCACUCCACUGUCUAUGAGGAAGCCAGAAAUAGACUAUCUACGCUUCACAGCCUUCCAGUCUUCUCCCCUCCGCUUAGCGAUGAAACAAAGAAAGCCAGCUACAACAGCUCAUCCGUACUCCUCUCUUCUUCAAUACGAGACAGGUGGCUUACUGUACUCCGCAGCCUGCCACGUCCAUCAAGCUGUACCAUUAGGCUCCUAACCACGCCAAAUAAUAGCGGCGGAUGGGUCCGGGUUGCUGCUCACCAGAUUAUCAAGUCGCUGGACACCAUAUUCGGUGAUUCCCUUGGCAUUACCCGUACAGAUGCACAACUACAGAAAAUUGCUGAAGUAUUAACCGAGAACACACUCAAGCGCCUUUCUGAGGAUAAUUCCGAUGCCAACAGCUGGAUUGAAGGAUUUACCAACCACAAUCUGCGGUGGGAAUCAAUAGGACUGUUGUUUAUCUUCAGGAAGAAUGGUCUUCUUGAGCUUACUUCAGAUGGCUCUUAUGAGGAAAUCUCACUUGACAUCUCACGCACCUGUUUAGAACUAUGCAUUGAGCUGUCGCGGAUGUUCUCUAGUGGAAGCAGUUUGCUUCUUUUUCUACUUUCUCGAAAGACCAUUAUGGAGUCUGGUAUCAUGGGAUAUGCAAGUUUAUCAGCAUGGAGACGACAUGCUGAUACAGUGGCUCUCCUUACCUUUCUAGGUAUAUACACCGACCCCCAGCAAGUUACAUCUCAACCCAACUUUUGUCAAGAGAAUCGAAAACAGCUCGCAGCGUUUAUCUUCUUAAUGGACCAAACAUUUGUCAUGUUCACCGGACGGCCGCCUCUUUUAAACUAUAGAUUUAUGUUUAUGCCACUACCGUUAGACAUUGAUGACGGUGAUUUCUUCGCUGACGAGGCAGCUGUCACUCGUUCAUUUAACGGCCUAGAUACGAAUGGAUGGAAUACACAUGGCGGCAUCUACUCUGUGAGUUUCAUUCGUGCGCGUACGAUAUGUGCCUUUAUUCGGGCAGAGCUUGUGGAGGUUGCACUUAGCAAAGCUGCAAAUAUUUCAACAACUGCAUUACUGGAUAUUAAGUCCCGUCAGAUCCUCGCAAUGAAGCAAAUUCCCUCGCCACUAAUAUACAAUCCCCAAGAGAGCAUUAAUCCUAAAAUCCCCGCCUACCAUAUACUGGCUCAGCUCCUUGUCCAAUUAGACCACCUUCAAAACAUAUUUAUUCUUGAGAGGCUUUUACAGAGGCAAGACAUGUUGGAUGAGGGGGACUUGCUUGUUACUAGUUUCGAGAUGGUAUCUCUGACACUUACAUUUUGGUCGCACAAAGACCGUCUAAUUGAGGCCCGGAAUGACUUUGAAUGGCUG